GCCACACAGAACGCACUUGUCACUCAUCGGCCCAAGAUGUGGACGGCUGCUGCUCUGCUUGUGCUGUGCCUGUUUUGCCAGCUAACGCUUGUGCCCGCGACGCCUGCGCCCAUAUGGAGUCUCGACCAGGUGGGCUCUUACUUUAAUGGCAUCUUUCGCUCUAUUGUUGGACCGCUUUUUGGGUUUGGCAACGACGAUGCCCGCAAUACAACCCCCAGCAAUUAGUUUAUAUGCAGCUUACCGCACCAAUCCGAACGGCACCGGCAGCUUCUCCACGAUGUCCACGGUGCAGUCGCUCAGCUGCUUGAGCAAAUAUUGUGCCGCAUAGAAACCCGCUGGGCCGGCGCCCACAAUGCAAAUUCGUUUGACUGCUGCUGUUGACUGUUGCACAUUUUGGUAUUUAAUUGCACUUGUACUCAAAUUACAGCUGUAUAUAUUUAACAAUUUAUGUCGGGAAUAUACAAAACUACGCGUGAAA